GAGAGGCCACUGCGCAGGCGCCUAAGGAAACGGAUAAACAAACAAAUAAAACCCACCACCCGUGGGCCAGCCCCGAUCCCCGCCUCCCCGGUCUUCCCGGGGGCUCCCCGCCUGCGCCUGCGUCUGGGCACGUCCCUCUCCCCCUCACUUAGUGGCGCGUUCCACGCACGUCCCCGCACUUAACCUCUGCGCGCCCGGCACGGUGCUGGCGGCGGAGAGCGCGAGCCUGCAGCCGCAGCCCCGCGGACCAUGACUUGCUACCGGGGCUUCCUGCUGGGCAGCUGCCGGUGCGUGGCGGGUGGCCGCGCGGCUCUGCGGGGCUCGGGCGCGGACGGCCGGCGGCACUUGGGGCACGGGCAGCCGCGCGAGCUGGCGGGCAGUGGUAGCCCCGCCGACGGCGGCUUCCGCCCCUCGCGGGUGGUGGUGGUGGCGAAAACCACCCGCUACGAGUUUGAGCAGCAGCGGUACCGCUACGCGGAGCUCUCGGAGGAGGACCUGAAGCAGCUGCUUGCAUUGAAAGGCUCGAGCUACAGUGGACUACUUGAGCGACAUCAUAUACACACCAAAAAUGUAGAACACAUAAUUGAUAGUUUACGGGAUGAAGGGAUUGAGGUUCGCCUGGUGAAGCGGAGGGAGUACGAUGAAGAGACGGUUCGAUGGGCAGAUGCUGUCAUAGCUGCAGGAGGUGACGGCACGAUGCUCCUGGCUGCGAGUAAAGUUCUGGACAGACUUAAACCUGUUAUUGGGGUCAACACUGAUCCGGAACGGUCUGAAGGUCAUCUGUGUCUGCCUGUGCGAUACACACAUUCCUUCCCCGAAGCCUUACGAAAGUUCUCUCGUGGUGAGUUCAGGUGGUUAUGGAGGCAGCGGAUCAGGUUAUAUCUGGAAGGGACUGGCAUAAACCCCACUCCUGUGGACCUUCACGAACAGCAGCUGAGCUUGAAUCAGCACAGCCGAGCCUUUAACAUCGAAAGAGUGCAUGAUGAAAGAUCGGAGGCGUCAGGACCUCAGCUUCUGCCGGUGAGAGCGCUCAAUGAAGUCUUCAUCGGGGAGAGCCUGUCAUCCAGGGCUUCCUACUAUGAAAUUUCAGUUGAUGAUGGCCCAUGGGAGAAGCAGAAGAGUUCAGGGCUCAAUUUGUGUACUGGAACAGGAUCAAAGGCCUGGUCAUUCAAUAUUAACAGGGUUGCAGCGCAGGCUGUUGAAGACGUUUUAAAUAUUGCAAGACGACAAGGAAAUAUGACUCUUCCACUGAACAAAGAAUUGGUAGAAAAAGUAACAAACGAAUAUAACGAGUCAUUGCUCUACAGUCCAGAAGAACCAAAAAUACUUUUCAGUAUUCGAGAGCCAAUAGCAAAUAGAGUUUUCUCAAGCAGCCGACAGCGUUGUUUCUCCUCAAAAGUGUGUGUUCGUUCUCGAUGUUGGGAUGCCUGCAUGGUUGUGGAUGGAGGAACAUCUUUUGAGUUUAACGAUGGAGCCAUUGCUUCCAUGAUGAUCAAUAAAGAAGAUGAGCUUCGAACUGUGAUUCUAGAACAGUGAAGGGCUUCCUCAGACGACGGAUUUGAUCACUAGAGACAUUUUUCCCUGCAGAUACAGAUGACCAGCCAUAGACCAACCUUGUUAUGGCUCUUAAUGAUGGGCUACCCCUAGAGUCAAGGUGACACAAUGGGACGCAUGUGCUCGCCUGCUGAUUCUGACAGACAAGAGCUGUUCACCAUGAGAGACAGACGGACGGACUAAAUGGACUAGAAUUAUGUGAAAGCUUCUGUAUUACUUACAGUUGGUAACCAAGAGCGUUGAUACUCUUUAGAGAGGCAGGUUAAAUAAAGGAGUAAGUGUUUAGAAUUUGAAAUUUAACUGUAAAGUGUUGUUUUCUUCCUAACUUUGUGGAACUGGCCACAUGUAUUAUUUGAUUAGUGCAUUAUUUUUCUAGUACCUAAAAGUAAAGAUUUUUUAAAAAUUUUGAUGAUGGAGAAUUUUGAUAAAUCCUGAUGAUCACUUAACUGAAGUUAGUAAAUGUGUUUUAUAUAGCAAAGAAUUUUCUAAUUCUAGGAAACAGUGAUGAAAAUCACUACUGACGGAAAAAAGCGGGAUCGUUUUUAAGAUUAUUUGUAGACAAAUUCUGACUUGUUUUGGGUAUGUCAACAGUGCUAGAUGAAACACAUCUAUGGGACAAAUCAUGAAGCUUUGUAAUUGUUCAGGCAAGUAACGGAGUCCAAGAGCUCCUCUCCCGGUUUUGAAUUUCUCUUAUGAAAUCAAGGAUUAGAAGGAUAGUCAAUGGUUGUUCUGAUAGAAGUUCAGUAAAACGUUCAAACCCUUCCUUUAGUACUGGGGUAGACUCUUUAGUAAACACAGAAGACCGAAGACAUCGUUUUGGAAUUGCCUUAAGCUAGUAUUGUAAUUUUCAUUUACUGUAUUCUAAAAUUUAAACAAUGGGAUGAAUCAUCAGAGCCCGCCACCUUCAAGUAUGCAAACUGCUUUUAUUUUUGGAGGAGACCAUUUUAAUUCUUGAUUUCGUUUCCACAAAAAAGCUCCCAUUGCUAAAUAAUGGGUGGUAUUUUCAUGCCAGUUUUUUCAGAUUUGUGUAUUUUCACUUGUUGGUGAAAUUGCUUUUUUUUAUUGACAAAAUGUUUAUUGAAGACUCAUUCUGUGCCAUCUAUCAAAUGUUAUAGAUAUAUGUCUACAUCAUGUUCUAGAUAUCAAUAUGUUGCAUAGACAUUGAAAUAGACUAUUUAUGGAACUUGGGCCUAGUGAGCUCAGAAGUCAGAAACUAAAGCUAGGAUGUAUGAUCAGAUCAAAUGCUCUUAGCUUUGCCAAACUCAACACGCUGCUCUCAAUAAAAAAUAAUGAAUUGUCACUGUGUGAGUUAAUUUAGAUCUGGGUUUGUUUAGAACACUUUCCUGACUAUCUGUAGAAGGAAGGAAGUUAGUGUUUUUGCUGAGCCAACUCUAAUUUCUACUUUAACUUUUUAAAAAAAGGAUAUAUUUACAAUAUCUCUUUAUAUGAAAGGGAAAAUCUACACUAUAGAAUUUCCCCUAAAAGGCUUAAAAUAUCUUGUUAGGAAAAAAAAUGCCACUAUCAUCCUUAAUAUAUCUAGAUCUGGUUGUUCAUGAUUUACCACAGAUCUAUUUAUAUGUACCAUUAACUGGUAACUAGCUGUGUGGAAUUGUUCUUAAGCUACCUUUGGGAAAAUAUUAAAAUUACUUACUAUGCUCCGCCUACAAUCUAACUUCAGGCAGGGAUUUAAUUGUAAUAGACUAAUAGCAAAGGAUGUUGGAAUAUCAAAAAUGUCUUUAAAUGGGUUAACCUUUAAUGAUCACUUUAUGCAAAUAAAAUUAAACCAUUGUCUGUCCAUU